AUGAAACCAAAAAUCAAAGAAAAAUUAUUUCAUAUUAAACCUAAUAAUCCCAAUAAACUAUUUUGUAAUAUAUGUGAUUCACAUUUUGUUGGAUAUUCUUCUAACACAAAUUUAAGAAAACAUUUUACCAAAUAUCAUAAAAAAGAACUUGAUGAAUUUGAUAUUAAUGAUAUCUCAUCAGAACUUACAAGACUCGAAGAAUCUGGAUCAAAUUUCAAUGAAGAAAUUAGUGAUGUUAGUUCUAUUUCAAAUUUUACUCGUAAAAAUAAUAAUUUUAAAGGAUUGAUGGAUGGAUUUGAAGGGCAAGGCGAAAUUGAUAUUAUCAAUGGUAAAAUGAAAUUUAAAGGAAAAUUUAAUUGUAAUAAAUAA